AAUCGUUCGCCUUUAUUCUCUGGCAGAGAUAUUUUCUUGAGUUUGCCUGUAUGUCAUAGUAUAAUUAAAUUUGAAGAUAUUUCAGUGAAUUUGUCAUUCUAUAUUGGUGGCGAAAAAUUGUAUAAGCAAGGCUUACAUGUAUACUUGAUUCGUAAGCAAAAUAAAGAGGCGUAUUUGAGCAAUCCUACAGUGCGCGAUUUACAACUUUUGAAGUUUCUGGAAGAACAAGUAUUGAAUCAAAUCAACAAAAACACAAAGCCUUGAAAGCAUCACCGAUAUGAUGGUGGAAUCAGAUGGAACCACAGACGCAACCCGCCGCCUCAAUGUGAAGAAGCAGACUUUAGAUGAUGCUUACGCUGUCCCUGCAAAUUUCUUAGAAAUCGAUGUGGUCAAUCCACAGACAUCUAUGACAGCGGGAAAAAAACGUUAUACAGAUUACGAGGUCAAAAUGAGGACAAAUCUUCCCGUUUUCAAAGUAAAAGAUUCAAGCGUAAGACGUCGUUAUAGUGAUUUUGAAUGGCUAAGAAACGAACUGGAACGUGAUAGCAAAAUUGUUGUGCCCCCUCUACCUGGAAAAGCAUGGAAACGUCAAAUGCCCUUCCGAAACGAUGAAGGAAUUUUUGAUGAAAACUUUAUCGAAGAACGUCGCAAAGGCUUAGAAGCUUUCAUAAAUAAAAUCGCGGGUCACCCACUAGCCCAAAAUGAGAGAUGUUUACACAUGUUCUUGCAGGAAACUUCAAUUGAUAAAAAUUACGUUCCCGGUAAAAUACGCAACACUUAAAGGCUUCACGGCAGAGGACAAACAUGAAGAAAAACUAGUGAAACAACUUUACAAUAAACUAGCAAAGAAUAAAAUGUUAUGUUUUUAAGGAAACAAUUAAGGAGAUGACUCAUUGUAUUUUUUUGGCGAAGUCAUCGUAUCUUUACCGCGCUCAGCAACAAUGGUGGAAUUAAUAAUUUAAUCGAACAAUUAAAAAAUAUAUUUCUAUUAUCGUCUCUUUUAAUUUAAGGUAUUCUAUUCUACAUUUUAUAUAUUUUCGAAUUCCAAUGUUAUUAUAAAAUCAGUCUUAGUAUAACUGUCAUAAAAAUAUAUUAAAUAUACAAACAAAAACGAUA